UUGAAUUCGUCCAUUGACCUUUUUAAUGACCUCAAGGUUGAACAGUCAAUAGAAAAUUAAAUGCGCAUGCGUAAGUAAAAUAAAUUCCUCCAAGUGUUUGGCGCGCUGAUAAUACGAGGUUGCUUGAUCACGAUGAAAUUAUAUCUCUCAUUAGUCGCUCGUCAGUUAUCGUUCAUUUCUCACGUUAGCUACCAUUUCGGUACGUUGCCGAUUUCGUUUUGAGAUGUCUUGUGAUCAUCUGUUAAACAAUAAAGAAAUGGCUCGGCAGAAUGGUAUUGUCCAACCUUUGCUUACAGAUUUAUAUCAAAUAACCAUGGCCUAUGCAUAUUGGAAAUCAGGGAAAGUUGCUGAUACAGCUGUCUUUGAUUUAUUUUUUCGAACAAAUCCAUUCCAAGGAGAGUUCACUAUUUUUGCUGGACUUGAAGAAUGUCUCAAGUUUUUGGAAAAUUUUCACUAUUCUGACAGUGAUAUUGAAUACCUAGUUCAAACUUUGCCUGCCAAUAUUGAACCAGAAUUUUUUGAAUACCUGAAAGACUUGACUUGUAAGGAUAUCAAAUUAAGUGCUAUUGAGGAAGGUUCUGUGGCUUUUCCGAGAGUUCCGCUGUUGAGAGUUGAAGGCCCGCUCAUAAUUGCGCAAAUACUGGAGACGACCUUAUUGACUCUAGUUAACUUCGCAAGUUUGAUGGCGACAAAUGCAGCUCGAUAUAGAAUGGUAGCGGGAAAGAACAUAUCUUUACUUGAGUUUGGAUUGAGAAGAGCGCAAGGCCCAGACGGUGGUCUCUCCGCAUCGAAGUAUGCUUAUAUUGGAGGAUUCGACGGGACGAGCAAUGUGCUGGCCGGGAAGAUGUUCGACAUACCCGUCAAAGGGACGCACGCACACUCGUUCGUGACGUCAUUCAGCACGCUCGACGACCUCCAUUCAGUCAUACUCCGACACGCAGAGACACAAAAACAAUGCAACCUCGUGGAACUGGCCGUAGAGUGGCGCCGGCGCCUCUCGGCCGUCAUUGACGUGUCGCCGGAAGAGGCGAGCGACGGCGAGCUGGCCGCCCUGAUAUCCUACGCGCAAGCCUUCCCCUCGGGGUUCUUAGCGCUAGUCGACACGUACGAUGUGAAGAGGUAUAACUUUCAAGGCUUACCGUCACGCCACCGCCAGCAUACGAAUGGGCAUUCCGGCUACAAUAGCAACUGUGGAUCCAAUGGUCGUAGAGUUCGAAACUCGACUAUACGUAGUACGUGUGGAUAUAGCACGGUCGAACGCACACUGAGGAGUGGUCUAUUGAACUUUUGCGCGGUAGCCCUUGCGUUGAACGACUGUGGAUACAAAGCGGUGGGGAUCCGAAUAGACAGUGGUGACCUGGCGUACUUGUCCGUCCUAGCUCGAGACACCUUCCACCAGGUCGCGGAGCAGUUCCAACUGCCCUGGUUCACCAACCUGACCAUUGUCGCCUCCAAUGAUAUCAACGAAGAGACCAUACUAAGUUUACACGAACAAGGCCAUGCUAUUGACUGCUUUGGAAUUGGAACUCAUUUGGUGACUUGCCAACGCCAACCAGCUUUAGGAUGUGUAUAUAAACUUGUGGAAAUCAACGGACAGCCCCGGAUUAAGCUGAGUCAGGAUGUCGGCAAAGUCACAAUUCCUGGCCAUAAAGAGGCGUACAGAUUGUUCGGUGCGGAUGGGCACGCGCUGAUCGAUCUGCUCCAACGUUCGUUGGAACCUGCACCAGAGGUGGGGCAGAAGGUCCUGUGCCGCCAUCCUUUCCAGGAGUCCAAGCGGGCUUACGUCAUACCCAGCAAAGUGGAACAUCUUUAUAAGGUAUACUGGAAGGAUGGUCGAAUUUGUAUUCGUCCUAAGCCAUUAGUGGAGGUCCGGGAGAGAGUGCAGUCAUCGCUGCGUACUCUGCGACAGGAUAUUAAGAGAAACCUGAACCCCACUCCAUACAAGGUGGCCGUCAGCGAUGAUUUAUACACCUUUAUUCAUGAGUUGUGGCUACAAAACGCGCCUAUUGGUGAACUAUCAUGAAAAUCGUAAACAAAUGUUCCCGGCAAUAAAUUGAUAGUGCAUUCACUUUCUAAGCCAUAUCCUAUGGGAGUUAAAACAGGCUUAAUCCAGGAAUAUAAAUUAUAUUAAAUGCGUAAUACACGUACGUAAUUUAAUCAUGUUAUUAGGUCUUAGCGUUCUUGGUUCAAUUUAAUUUCGUUCUUGCUACUAGUGAUGUAACGAGUACUAACUGAACGAUCGAAAUUCGACUACGUUUUAUGUCAUAUUAAAAUAACAUGUUUUUCAAGUUUUAUUUAGUUAAUAAUAAUUAAUUAUAUUUAGUAGGUGCUCAUUGUAUCACAAGUUUCAAAAUUUUAUUACUGUACAAUAUGUUUCAAAUAAGUAUAAUAUCAUGAAAUCCUUCUACAAGUUUUGUAUUGAAACUAGAUUUUAGCUUUACCUAUAAAAUUAUUCUAAAAGCAUUAUUGUUACAAAAAAAAUCUUGAUUCAUCAAAAACAUCAUAUAGAAUAGUGUGUAACUUGGGGCCCA